AUGGGGAAGAGCCGGUCGCGCGCGGCCAAGGCCGCCGACGUGUUCAGCAUCGCCCGCAGCGGCGCCAGGGCCAAGGGCAGGGGCAGGGCCAAGGCGCGACCCGUCACCUCCGCGCUGAAGCAGAUAAACAUUAGAAAUGCUGAGAAAGUUAAUGCAAUAAAUAAAGCAUUUGCUGAAGUUCAGAAAGAAGUACAGCAGCUAUCAAAAGGCACAGCAGCAGAACCUCAGGAGAGUCAGCAGGUUUCUGCACAUCUGGAAGAGGAACCAGCGAACGUGGAUGCUGCCACAAGCCUAUUAUCUCAGUUGUAA